AUGUAUAUAGGUAUUCGUUUAUGUCUUCGGGAUCCGUUUAUCUCUUCAGGAUCCCUGUAUCUGUUCGGGAUCCUUUUAUCUCUUCGUCAUCCGUUUAGCUCUUCGGGAACCGUUUAUCUCUUCGGGAUCUGUUUAUCACUUCGGGAUUCGUUUAUCUCUUCCGGAUCCGUGUAUCUGUUCGUGAUCCAUUUAUCUCUUCAGGAUCCCUAUAUCUGUUCGGGAUCCUUUUAUCUCUUCGGGAUCUGUUUAUCUCUUUGGGAUCCGUGUAUCUCUUCGGGAUCCGUUUUUCUCUUCGGUAAACUUUUAUCACUUCGUGAUCCCUUGCUUCCUUCCUUCCUUCCUUCCUUCCUUCCUUCCUUCCUUCCUUCCUUCCUUCCUCCCUCCUCCUUCCUUCCUUCCUUCCUUCCUUCCGUUCUUUCUUCCCUCAUUCAUUUCUUCCUCCUUCCUUCCUUCCUUCCUCCCUCGUUCCUCCCUCGUUCGUUCGUUCCUUCCUUCCUUCCUUCUUUCCUUCCUUCCUUCCUCCCUCCUUUGUUUUCCUUCCUUCCUUCCAUCCUUCCUUCUUUCCUUCCUUCCUUCCUUCCUUCCUUCCUUCCUUCCUUUCUUCCCUCAUUCCUUUCUUCCCUCCUUCCUUCCUUCGUUCCUCCCUCGUUCCUCCCUCGUUCCUUCCCUCCCUUCCUUCCUUCUUUCCUUCCUUCCUCCUUUGUUCCUUCCUUCCUUCCCUUCCUUCCUUCCUUCCUUCCUCCCUCCUUUGUUCCUUCCUUCCUUCCUUCCUCCCUCCUUUGUUCCUUCCUUCCUUCAUUCCCUUCCUUCCUUCCUUCCUUCCUUCCUUUCUAA